AUGGCCCCAAUACCCGCCCAAAGUGACGAAUACUCCCUCCUACACAUCGAGCGCAUAUCACAAUACGUCUGCCUCUCACCCGCAUCGCUCAACAGCCCGCUCCCCGCCCUCUGCGCCUCGAUAUUCUCACCACUUCUACUGAGCUACUUCCCACCCGCGAAGGGGAUCGUACUCGCAUACGAAGAUGUACAACUAAGUUCCACACCGCCCGGCUCCAAGACAAACUCCUCGGCGGCAGAACCGCUGCUGCUCCGACAUGUCGACGAAUACACAUCACCCUUCCUCUGGGCCACCGCGUCUUUGCUCGUCCUUCGUCCCGAAGCGAAUAAAUACCUCACCGGCCGCAUCACACAUCAGAGUAAAACGCAUAUCACCUUGUCACACCUCAACACCUUUCCUGUGUCAGUUACGAAAGACCAUCUUCCUGACACAUGGACCUGGCAACAAGCACAAUCUGGCAAAGUGUCAAAAGGCUGGGACGGACGGCUAAAUGACGAGGGAGGAUGCUGGGUCGAUGUCAAUGGCGAGAAGAUCGAAGGAGAAUUGAAAAUCAGAAUUCGCGAUUUCGAUGGCAGGAUGGAUGGCAGGGGGAAGGGCAAAGGUUUUCUGAAGGUCGAGGGCAGUUUACUGAGUCAAGAGGAAGAACGGGAGCGCAGGGAGAAGGGACAAAAGGGGAAGGAGAGGGCAAAUGGGGCGGUGAGGUCAAGUGGGGAGCCUAUUGAGGUUGAGUAG